AUGGCAAUAAAACCGUUACCCACGGACAGAGACGAAUUUCUUGAUAUUUGUGACACUUUUAUCUAUCGUUUAUUGAAUACAGCAUUCCCUCUAAAAGACAUUGAUCCAUUAAUCUUAUUUCGUUUUUUUAUUCGUGACUUAUACGAAGAAUUAAAAAAAUUGCACGCUACUUCAGUUGCUGAAGACGGCAAAGAGACCAUUCUUCGCGUUUAUCGUGGUGAACAAGUAAAACCCGAUGAAUUAGAAUGUAUAAAAUCAGAAACUGCACUGGUGUUUGCUUUGUCUGGAGAUGAAGCAAAAUCAAUUCUGUUUGAAACAGAAGCCGAUCAACGUCUUUCAACAAAACCAUUUGGUGACAUUUCAUUCAAAAGUCCUAUGGUCGCUGAAAAAGAAGUUUUAUUUAUGCCUGGUUCGAUUUUACGUAUUAGCCAAAUUGAUCACGAUCUUGAAAAUAAUAUCUGUAUAAUUAAACUCGUUUUAUGCAGUAAUGAUGCAGAUUAUUCGUUAAAACAAGUUUCGGAUUAUAUUGUAAAAACUAGUUUUCAAGACGAUGAUGCAUUUAUUCUAAUGAGGGUUGGCCUUCUUUUAAAGGAUAUGGGUUAUAAUGACAAAGCCGAACAUUAUUAUCGGAAGCUUUUAGAUACAAGAGGUGAUGGCGUAAAUGAAUAUGUUAAACAUGUUGUACUCAUGUAUCCCGAUAGAGGUGAUCGUCCUAGUUCGACCACAGCCUACUCGGCCACCACAUUCAAACGACAAACAUAUGUCAUUGUUGGUAAUUUGUAUUAUCGAUUAAAAGAUUAUGAAGAAGCAUUAGUUCAUUUUGAGCAUUAG